AUGCGAAAGAGAGGGUGGAGACGUUGUGCCUGGAAGGCUAGGGGUAUUCCUUGUUCUCUCACUCUGGCCAUUAAGCUGGUGUAUGACUUCUAUACUUAUUGGGGUUUCUUGCUCGGUUUGCAAUGUAGGCAUCGUCCUGCGACGCUUGGAGGUGAAGUUCACAUCUCGGCGGGCGUUUCAGGAUCAAUAGUGCUGGGUGAUAGUCUAAUAUAUAGCUUCAGUCCGCCGACCCCUAGCGUGAGCACACUCUUUUGGCGCAGCCGUUUGACAGCUACGAGCCCAGGUAGCGCAGUUUCCCAAGCCAAGCCCCUCGUCCGAAGCUCCCUGUUCGAAUCUGGCGUUCUGCUUCCGCUUCUGGAUCUAAAAUCUUAUGGCUACGCCAGCCAUCAGUACCAUCAGCCGCUACCAAAAAUGGUAGCAGGCACAAACAAAUCAGAGACCCCCCAAGGUGGGAAGAACAACCUUCAAUUGGCCCAAUUAUGGCCACAACCAAUCAAUGCGCUCAAGGCCCAAAAAGGGCAAAGCCAACCAACCAACAUGCCUGGGCAGCGGACGCCCAAAACCAAUCAUCAACUGGCCCAUCGUGGCCACAACCAGUCAAAAUCCAGUUAA